GUGCGUGAGUCGCUGAUCAAGUUCUCUGAGUGGCCAUGGUUCAACAGGGCGAUCCUUCUCCUCAUCUUGCUCAACUGCUGCUUCCUGGUGCUGGAGGACCCAGUCUGCAGGUGUGAAACCCCCGUCUGCUCGGAGAGCGACAAGUACAUCCGACUUCUCUACUAUCGGCGCGACUGCGAGGACUGGCCGACGACGGAGAGGAUGCUGCUGGUGACAGAGAUCUUCUUCACGUCCUGCUUCACGGCCGAGAUGGUCAUCAAGAUCAUCGCAAGGGGGUUCAUCCUGCAUAAGCACUCGUACCUGAGCGAUCCGUGGAAUUGGCUCGAUUUUGUUGUGGUGGUCACCGGCCUGAUCACUCUGAUCGUCCCAAGCUCGGGGAAAUUUUCAUUCUUGCGGACAGUCAGGGUGUUGAGGCCUCUGCGAACGAUGACCAGGAUAUCGGGGAUGCGGCCGCUGAUCAACACUUUCAUCCGCUCUUUUGUCGCGCUCACCAACGUCGUCAUGCUCCUGCUCUUCUUUGCUGUUGUCUUUGGGAUACUGGGCAUUGAGUUCUUCCAGAAGAGUCUUCGCGGGCGAUGUUACAUAGAUCCGAACAACAAUGAUUUCUCCCAGCACCCUGCGGUGUGUGUACCAUGUUUGGUCUGUUGGGUUGAUGUAAACUUGGCAGCGGGAUACUUCAGCUACGACAAUAUCCUCUCUGCGUUCCUCACCAUCUUCCAAGUCCUCACGGUGGAAGGCUGGACUGACAUCUACUAUCGGCAUGGGGAUGGGAGCAGCAUGUGGCUGUCUCGAAUCUUCCACUCUGCCUGGGUGUUCCUUGGAUGCUUCGUGAUUGUCCAGCUCGCUCUGGCCUCCCUGUCUGACGCGUUUCUGCUGGCAAAGGAACCAGAGCCCUUGACGCAACUGUUGAGACAGGAGGAGGAAAAAACACAGAAGGAGAAGGAGGCGCUGCACGACCAGGCCAUCCUCAAGGAGGACGUCAGGUUACAAGUUAGCAAGAGUAAUGUGGAUACCUCGUCCCUGCGAGGGAUUCCAAUCAGACGCCUUUCACUCCUGAGCUCUUUGGCCCGAUCGCUGGUGUACUCCGUUUACUUCCAGCGUUUUAUCAUCGUUUGCAUCAUCUCCAACACCGUCCUUAUGAUGAUCAACUGGCACGACCAGGUAAGUUUCCCCUCCCAGCUGUUCUCCCAGCUCAACAACAUCAACCUCGUCCUCACCGCCAUCUUCAUCGCCGAGAUGGUGCUGAAGCUCUUCGGCCUCGGGGUCCAGAGGUACUUCCAGGACAACUUCAACUGCUUCGACUUCUUCGUCGUUGUGAGCUCCAUCGUUGAGCUUGCUAUCAUCCCUUCCAACGGCAGCAACCGCGGGAGCUUGUCCGCCUUGCGAGCCGUCAGGUUGUUCCGCCUCUUCAAGCUCGCCAGGUCUUGGAAGGACAUGAGGAGGAUUCUCAACACUCUCGCCGUCGCUCUUGGCUCCAUGGGCCCCCUCUGCGUCAUCUGGGUCAUGUUCAUGUAUAUCUUCGCUCUCCUAGGCAUGCAGCUCUUCGGCGGGAAGUUCCGCUACUUCAAGACAGACUUCCCCCGCAGCAACUUCGACAACUUCUUCCCUCAAGUCGACGGCAUCGGAGGAUUCGUGACGACCUUCCAGAUUAUCAGCACGGAGAACUGGAACGUCGUCAUGUACAACGCCAUCAUGUCCGACAGCAAUCCCACGGGGCUGAGAGCCGUGCAGGCGCUGAUCCCCAUCGCCAUCGUCGUCUUUGGGAACUACAUCAUCAUGAACCUGUUCAUCUCCAUCCUCCUCCAAGGCUUCGGGGAGGACGACGAGGAGGAGGCGCAAGAGGCCACCGAGGGCAUGGACUCGAUGAAGUCCAGCAAGCUAUCCCCCAUCACUCUAGCUAUCAAGAAGCUGGUGGGGGGGGAGAAGGUCAAGAGAACGUCCACGCUCGGCUCCCCCAACCGCAUUUUCGCUGCCGGCAACCUCCCCCGGACUGCCUCCCUCCCCAAGAACUUCGAGCCAGUCAAGGAGCUUGUCAAAGUUUUCGGGUUCGACCUGCUGGUGCGGGUCAACCCCCACACCUCCCUGAGGGUCUUGAGGCCCAAGAACCCCUUCCGCCUCCUCGUCAGCUGGCUGGUCUACCACCCAACCUUCGAGUUCUUCAUCAUGACCAGCAUCCUAAUCACAAGUAUCACUCUCCUCCUCGAACGACCCGACGACUCCUGGAGGUUGAAGGUGUUCGAGAAGCUGGACCAGGUGUUCACCAUCGUCUUCACCGUAGAGAUGGUCCUCAAGAUCAUUUCCGACGGCUUCAUCAGCCACAGGUUCUCAUACCUGCGCAGCCCGUGGAACUGGCUUGACCUGGCCAUCGUCAUAAUUUCCCUCGUCGGCUCCUUCGGGCCCAGCAGCAACAUCAAAACUUUCAAGUCCCUCCGCACGCUCCGUGCCAUACGCCCGCUCAGAGUCAUAAAGAGGCACAUCGGGCUCAAGGUCGUUGUUGUCUGUAUGAUCUCCAGCAUCCCAGCCAUGUAUCCUGUGCUCUCCGUCAUGGUCCUCUGGUUCUUGACUUACGCCAUCCUUGGCGUCAACUUCUACGCUGGCAACACGUACAGCUGCUACGACCCCCAGAACCAGAGGUACUACGGCACUUCCUACUUCCAGUCCUCCAGAGGAGGGCUGGGGGUGUGGCAGCCCAAGUACUUCGGCUUCGAUUCCAUCGGCAUGGCUGCGAUGACGCUGUUCGAAGUUUCGACGACCGAAGGAUGGAUGGAAGUCAUGGCGGCAACGACUGAUAUCCCCAACGGCCUGGGGGUAUCACCACUGCCCAACCAGAGCGUGUUCCACUGCAUCUACGCCUGCGUGCAGAUCAUCAUCGGCAAUUUCGUGCUCCUGAACCUGAUCAUCGGUGUCGUCAUUGCCAACUACACCAAGAUCAAGAACAACGAGGAGGGCAUCACUCCUUUCCUCACUCCGGAGCAGCACGAGUGGAAGGAGAUGCAGCGAAUCAUCAACCACCUGAAGCCGAGGACGAGGGUCAAGGGGCCUGAGCAUCCCUUCCGCAACUGGUGCUUCCAUCUCGCCACCAACCCGUGGUUCGAGUACUUCAUGACAGUCUCCAUCGUCCUCAACGUCCUUGUCAUGACCUUCAAGACCCACGACGAGUCAGACUGCAUGGUGGCGGCCGUUUUCUGGAUCAACUUCACCUUCGCCAUCAUCUUCAUCUUCGAGGCCUUCGUCAAGCUGGUCGGGCUGGGAGUCAACUGGUACUUCGUGGACCCGUGGAACGUGUUCGACUUCGUCGUAGUCACUUUCUCCAUCUUCCUCCUCGUCCUCGACAUCGUCCCUGCGCUGUCUGCCCUGAGGACCUUCCGCAUCCUCCGCGUCUUCCGUCUCAUCCGACGGGCCGUUGGGUUGCGCCAGAUGAUUCAGACCCUCCUGAUCUCCGUGCCCUCAAUGACUAACAUCUUCGCCCUCCUGCUUCUCAUCAUGACCAUCUUCUCCGUCCUCGCUCUCUCCUUCUUCUACAACGUCAACACCUCGCAGGACAUGUACGGCAGGAUGAACGACGACGAGGCGAACUACCAGUACUUCGACAAGGCUAUGUGGAUGCUGCAUCGGCACACGACGGGCGAGGCCUGGAACGGCAUCAUGACCUACUGCUCGCAAGACGACCAGUUCCUCGCAUGCCAGAAGGCCUACGGCGACUACCUCGGGGACGGCUGCGGGGGCUACUACUACGGGACCAUCUUUCACGUGCUCUGGGAGGUCAUCGGGACGUAUGUCAUGAUGCAGCUGUUCACUGCCGUUAUCCUCGAGAACUUUCACGAGCUCGCUCACGCAGACUCCGCCACCCUCCCGCUGGACAAGCUCAACGAGUUUGUGGACGCCUGGACUGAGCUGGAUCCUGACGCCACCCAGAAGAUCUCCAUAGCCUCGCUCAGCACCCUCAUCACCCGCCUCUCUCCUCCCCUGGGG